AUGUCCAUUUGGGACGCCUUCUCUGGCAGAAAGCAGACGAGACAGUCCUCAGAGCCACAGCACGCAGAUACAGCGCCUUCUGCCGGAGGGUUCGCACCGGCACCAUUUGACCCUGCGGCCGCUACACAAGAUGUCGCAUCCUUCUUUGGAAGCGCUUCUCUUCCAGAUGCGUCCAAGCUACACCCUCUAGCUGGACUGAAUCAACAGACACUCGAUUACCUCACGUUAGACGAAUCCCAAUUAUCAGAUCUCCCUGGAGCCCGAUCGAUAUUACCUUCUCGCGGUUGGUCGGACGAUUUAUGUUACGGAACAGGAACUGUGUACCUCACAGCUCUGACUACUGGUGGCGCAUGGGGUUUAAUAGAAGGCUUGAACCGGACACCGGCCUCGGCUCCUCCGAAACUACGAUUGAACAGCGUCCUGAACAGCAUUACAAGGAGAGGUCCAUUCCUCGGUAACUCCGCUGGGGUGGUCGCGAUGGUAUACAACGGGGUGAACUCGACAAUUGGCUAUUACCGGGGCAAGCACGAUGCCGCAAAUAGCAUGGUGGCGGGCGCCUUGAGCGGCAUGCUCUUCAAAAGCACACGAGGCGUGAAGCCUAUGAUGAUCUCUGGUGGUAUCGUGGCCUCAAUCGCAGGGGCUUGGGCAUUGACCCGUAAAGUACUUUUCGAGCUUCCUGAAGAGAAGGUCGACCUUUAG